UUGGCGGCGCGGGGAGCGGCCCGGGGCUCGCCGGCGCGCACGCCGCGGAGCCAUGAACGACUUUGAUGAGUGCGGCCCGAGCGCAGCCAGCAUGUACCUGCCCGGCUGCGCCUACUAUGUGGCCCCGUCGGACUUCGCCAGCAAGCCGUCCUUCCUAUCGCAACCGUCGUCCUGCCAGAUGACUUUCCCCUACUCUUCCAACCUGGCGCCGCACGUCCAGCCCGUGCGCGAAGUGGCCUUCCGUGACUACGGCCUGGAGCGCGCCAAGUGGCCGUACCGCGGAGGCGGCGGCGGCGGCGCGGGGGGCGGCGGCGGCGGGGGCGGCCCCGGCGGGGGCGGUGGCGGCGGCGGCGCCGGGGGCUACGCUCCCUACUACGCUGCAGCCGCGGCGGCGGCGGCGGCAGCGGCGGCGGCCGAGGAGGCGGCCAUGCAGCGCGAGCUGCUCCCUCCCGCGGGCCGCCGGCCGGACGUGCUCUUCAAGGCGCCGGAGCCGGUGUGCGCCGCGCCCGGGCCGCCACACGGCCCCGCGGGCGCCGCCUCCAACUUCUACAGCGCCGUGGGCCGAAACGGCAUCCUGCCGCAGGGUUUCGAUCAGUUCUACGAGGCUGCGCCCGGGCCCCCGUUCGCCGGGCCGCAGCCCCCUCCACCUCCUGCGCCGCCGCAGCCCGAGGGCGCCGCCGACAAGGGCGACCCCAAGACGGGGGCCGGUGGCGGCGGGGGAAGUCCUUGCGCCAAGGCGACCCCCGGCUCGGAGCCCAAGGGGGCGGCAGAAGGCGGCGGCGGCGAUGGCGAGGGGCCCCCGGGGGAGGCGGGGGCUGAGAAGAGUGGCGGCACAGUGGCCCCCCAGCGGUCCCGGAAAAAGCGCUGUCCCUACACCAAGUACCAGAUCCGCGAACUGGAACGCGAGUUUUUCUUUAACGUGUAUAUAAACAAAGAGAAAAGACUCCAACUCUCUCGGAUGCUCAACCUCACUGACCGGCAAGUCAAAAUCUGGUUCCAGAAUCGCAGAAUGAAAGAAAAGAAACUGAACAGAGACCGUCUGCAGUAUUUCACUGGAAACCCCUUAUUUUGAGAGCUCCAGGAAGCACCCCUCUUCCUGAGCCCCACUCGCCCACCCACUUCCCCACCAGCUUGCCCUGGGCAGGCCCAAUGUUCUUGGGUUUAAUGACGCCUCUUCUCUGUGGAACUCCACGAUUCCUUCCCAUGGUCAACUCGGGACCUCCCAGCGACCACUGCUGCCUGCGGACGAGGCCGGGGACUUGGCCGAAUGGAUCCUAAUAAGGGGAAAAUGAGGAAAUCAAGUCUGAUACUCCAACCAGCAAUUGGCUCACUGCAAAGAGUGGCAGAAAGAAGAGGUGCCCUUACACUAAGCACCAAACGCUGGAAUUAGAAAAAGAGUUCUUGUUCAAUAUGU